CCGAGGCGGAGUGUGCAGACUGCGCACGCGCGGCGCGGGUCAAUGGCCGGCCUACCCAGCCUGGCGGAAGCUACUUUUCCAACAUGGCCGGUGAGGUAGACGGGCCGCUUAAGGGGCUGCUGGUGCCGCUUCUUUUACCUGAGGAAUGCUACGAUCAGCUUUUCAUCCGGUGGGACUUGCUCCAUGUUCCCUGCCUCAAGAUUCUCCUCAGCAAAGGCCUUGGGCUGGGUAUCGUGGCUGGGUCGCUUCUGGUGAAGCUGCCCCAGAUAUUUAAAAUCUUGGGAGCCAAGAGUGCAGAAGGCCUGAGUCUCCAGUCAGUCCUGCUGGAGCUGGUGGCGCUGACCGGAACUGUGGCCUACAGCAUCACCAACAGCUUCCCCUUCAGCUCUUGGGGCGAAGCACUGUUCCUGACACUCCAGACAAUUACCAUCUGCUUCCUGGUGAUGCACUACAGAGGCGAGACCGUGAAAGGUGUUGCUUUCCUGGCCUGCUAUGCGAUGGUCCUGCUGGCGCUGCUUUCCCCACUCACUCCUCUGGCUGUGGUCACCCUGCUCCAGGCCUCCAACGUGCCUGCCGUGGUGGUGGGGAAGUUGCUCCAGGCAGCCACCAACUACCGCAAUGGGCACACGGGCCAGCUUUCAGCCAUCACGGUGUUUAUGCUGUUUGGGGGCUCCUUGGCCCGAAUCUUCACGUCUGUUCAGGAAACUGGAGACCCCCUCAUGGCUGGGGUCUUUGUGGUGUCUUCCCUCUGCAAUGGGCUCAUUGCGGCCCAGGUCCUCUUCUACUGGAAUGCACAGCCUCCCCACAAACAGAAAAGGCAGUAGCAGAGCGAGCCAGCAGCUGGGAC